AUGUAUUCCACGGCUACAUUGGUUUUGGUUUUGCAGCUCAGCUGUUAUUUCGCCGCUUCUGUCAGAGGCGAAUUAUCUGGUGGCGGUGGUGAAUACAUCGGCGGUCAAGGAAUUGAGAAAUUGCUGACUCGCGCGAACGGUGGAGUAACCCUUGGAAAUGCUGGACCUGUUAUGACUGGCAGCCAAAUGAGCAGCAUCCUGAGUAACAAAAAUGCAAACAUGAUGAUGGGA